AUGGCAACUGCUGCUCAACCACGUGAUGAACCGGCCUAUAUUUCUCUUUUGAAACCGUCUCUUGUUGGACAACUUUAUUCAUGGGGUUACUUAUGCCUGUUUGUCCUCGGCUUUACUGGCAAUAUCUUCAGUUUGCUAACAUUCACGCGACCCACAUUACGAUCUGUCUCGACAGGCAUACUCUUUAUCACCUUAGCAAGCUCAGAUACAAUUUUUUUACUUGUAUCCAUCAUUGAUUUUCUUGACUUUGGUUUGGGCAUUCCUCUGGUCAGCUAUGUUAACUAUACCAUUCUAUGUCGUGUACGCCUGUUUACUGUCUCAAUGACGCAAAUCUGUUCGGCUUGGGUUUUAGUUGUGAUUUCACUCGAUCGAUGGAUUCGUACACGAUUUCCAUACAAGUCAUCUGUGAUAUGCACCCAAAAGAAAGCAUUGCUCGCCGUUGCGAUCAUCCUCAUUCUUGACAUUGGUAUUCAUGCAGUUAUGCUUACACCACUGGUCGGCACUAUAUUUCCUGGCGUUGCGUUACUAGCCUGUGGGCCAGCUACAUGGGAUUAUUUAUAUUUUUAUUACAUAACCUGGACAGUUAUUCAAGUUUUCAUUAAUUGUCUUGUGCCUGUAAUCGUAAUGCUACUGUUUCUCAUUGACAUGUUCACCAGAAUUCGUGCUCAAAAGCGAAAUGCAGGUCAACAAAUCGAAGUUCAAUCUCGUGGUCGAAUGUCCAAUCCAGCAGUGAGACGAAAUAAUCGCUUACAAACGCAAUUGUUUGCAUUGAUGUUAUCAAGUAUUACAGUCUUUCUGGCAACAAAUUUACCAGUAGCCAUCUAUCGAAUUGUAUUUCCCCGGCAAGUGCUUACCAUCCCAAUAACAGAAUAUCCAUCUGUGGCGAAACUAUCCGCCAUAUUUCAGUUCAUCUGGAGUGUCAAUUACACAAUCAAUUUCUACAUUCACUGUUUGACUUCAACGUUAUUCCGACGAGAAUUUCGAAAAUGCUUCAAUUCAUUGUGCAAAUCUAGAGAUACUCAAGUUACUCCGGCCACUUUUAUAACCGCACGCUAA